GGGAAGAGGUAAGGCCGUCCAACCAAAUUGUUGGCUCUUUUUCGUACUGACAUCGUAAAUCUCUUUAUGAGGUGGAAGAGACGAGUCGUUGAGUUCUUUCCCUAUUAGUAGGCUAAAAGUAUAACGUACUUCAAAUUUUCUUCUUGUUUCCUAGAGUUUCUUAUUCAUGAUAAUCGGCAGUUUGCUAAGGGAAAGAUGCUUCCGACUCCAUCUUAUGGUAGUUUUUAACCAUAAGAGUGUCAUAUCUCGUAUACUAAGAAAUUGAUGACACAUAACCUUUUCAAUGCGUUGCAGAAACAGCGAUGUAUGAUCUAAACGUGACGUCACCAGUGCCCCCACGUUAUCUCAGCAUAAAAUGUUCUAGACUUGAGUACACACAUUAGGAUUAAUUAUGCAGUGCUGUUCUGCAUGUCACCUUGCAACACAACAAUAACAAGACAGUGGUUGUGGUUGGGUUUUUUCACGGGUUGGUCGGCUUGGCCAUCGGAAAAUAUGAAAUAGCUAGUACUAAACAUUUUUCCGGCUUAACUUAACAAUAAUCCGAGCAUUAAAUAUUUUCCGAAGGAUAUGUAUAUUGAUGACUCAAUUGAUACCAACCUCUUAUCUUGAACAUCAAGACGAGUUAAUAUCAUUCAUUAAUACAGUCUUGUCUAUCUGCUGUCCUGUGUUCCAUAGUACUCACAAUUUCUGGACUCAAUGUUUAUCUAUGUUUAUUGAAUUUAUGUUUUUUAUAGUGGUGGUUUUCACGUAGUUGAAAUUAGCUCUAUUACUAUUAAUCUUGAUGGAACUUCCACCUCGAUGUUUUAAAAAUGAGUACUUUAUUUUUGUUGCUUCAGAUAUACUUCUGAAAUUGUAAAUAUGAUCAAGCAGUGGACCUAACUCCAAACAAAAAACCCACAACUUUUAUCGUAAUUCAAGUUAAUAGAUAAUGGAUUAUCCCUCUUCACCUCCUGUAUAUCAGUCCCUCUUUCCUGACAAAUCUGAAAACAAACCGAAUCCUAAUGAAAUAGUUGGAUCUACGCGACUAGAUUCAGAAGAUCUGAAUAAAUCUGAUUCAAGUGAAAAUGGGUUAGAUGCAGAAAAGAAACCAAACCCUACAUAUACAGUUGAAGAUGCUGUGGAGGCAGCUGGUUUUGGAAGGUUUCAGUUGAAGCUUUUCAUUUUAUGUGGAGCCAUAUCGGCUGCAGAUGCGAUGGAAAUGCUACUGCUUUCAGUACUUGGUCCAGCAUUACGAUGUUAUUGGCUUCUGUCGUCAGGACAAGUCGCUGCCAUAACCACAGUUGUUUUUGCCGGGUUUUUAUUUGGAGCUCCUUUAUGGGGUUUUAUCGCGGAUAGAUUUGGUCGUUGGCCGACUUUAUUGAUUGUUUUAUCAAUGAUAACUUACUUCGGCAUCAUCACAAGUUGUGCCCCCACUUAUAUUUGGGUCAUAAUAUUACGACUUCUGGUCGGAUUCGCUAUUGGUGGUGGAAAUAGCAGCUUCACGUUAUUCUCAGAAUUUCUGACCGUUAAGCAUCGGGCCAAAGUUCUGUUAGCUUUCAAUCUAUUCUGGGCUUUUGGAAGCACAUUUGAAGUUGGUUUGGCAUACCUUAUUCUGCCAAGAUUUGGCUGGCGAUGGCUGGUGUUUGUUUCAGCCUUACCACUAUUGAUUUUCUUAUUUUUAUUGAGGUUUCUGCCUGAGUCUCCAAGAUAUCUUGUUGGUGCCGGCAAAACUGAAGAAGCUGAACAUAUUAUUGCAGAUUUGUUCCGUACGAAUCGGGUUGUUCCUCUUAGGGGUACUCUUGUAUCAUCCACUGUACCUAUACGAGAUAGAGGCAGUAUAAAAGGAAUGUUUGGGAAAACCUAUUUAGUGACUACACUAAUGUUGCCGAUUGUAUGGUUCAGUGCAGCAUUUGUUUAUUAUGGUGUCGUUCUAUUAAGUGCUGAAAUAUUUCGCUUCAAGCACUCUUGUUUUGGUAAACCUAUUCUAACCCCAGACUAUCAUGGUAACCUGAGCCAUUUUAACGUCCCACCACUUCUGGAAACUUCAAGCCAAAUAGACAACUUUUGUUGUAAAGAGUUGUCUGAUGAUGAUUAUGUCGCUAUGUUAGUCUCUUCAAUUGGUGAAUUUGUUAGUAUACCAUUAAUGAUUUUCAUGGUCGACUUAGCUGGAAGAAAGAUUACUUUGGCUGCGUGGAAUGGACUUAUAGCUGUUCUGUUUAUGUUACUUUAUCUUUGUAUGCCUAAGUCAGCCUUAACAGCUCUAUUAUUUGUUUUGCGCGCUUUGUCUGCCGGUUUAUUUAGUUGUGCAUACGUUUACACAACGGAGGUCUAUCCUACAACUGUUCGUGCAGUAGCUGUCGGGAUGUUCAGUUCGAUUGCCCGAUUGGGUGCAAUGGUCACACCUUAUGUAGCUCAAGUAAUGAUGCCAGAAGUGUCGGAAAUUGGAGCUUUAUCUUUAUAUGCCUCUGUAACCCUGAUAGUCUCAAUUGUAUCCCUUUUCCUACCAAUAGAAACAAAAGGGCGUCAGCUACCUAAUUCUGUAGAUGCUCUAUCAACUUCUUCCUUGCCAACUGGAAAUGCACCACCCAUCGCUUCUCCAAAGACCAGCAAUGCAUCAUCUAAAAUCUCGAAGUAAAUCCUUAUUUAUAUUACUCAAGGUUAUUGUAAUGUUCGCUGUUUUGGGAUUAUAACAUAUAUAUAUUCACUUGUCUUUCUUGUUUUUUUCAUCAUAAUAUUCACUAAUAUUGAUUUAUUUAUUUGGAUUUGUGUGUAUUCACGAGGUAAAUAGAGUAUAUAAAAGAUAUUACUUUUUUUCUCUCUCGUUAUUCUGUCGCUAUAUUUACAUUGUAACUAUCGGAGCGAAGCUAACGUUAGACAUGAAGUAAAUAAAACAAUUUUGGAAACCAACUAAAAUAUUUUGUCUGCCUUCUAUUUUUGUAUUAGUUUUGUCGUUGCUAUAAUUUUUUAACGCCUCAGGCCCAUUGUGAUAUGUGUAUGUAAAAACAAUGAAAAAUAAUUUAUCUUCUCUAUGGUUAUGUAACUUUGGAUGUAAUGUCCUCUUUGCAUCUCUUCUACUUUCCUCAUGUUUUCCUUUUGUGUUUUGGACUUCUGUGGAUGAAAACAUUAAAUGCUAUAACUAUAAUGUGUACUUUUCUAUUUGUUUGUAUGUAAAAUAAAAGUUGACCAUUAUG